GCGGUCAGUUCUGUAUUAGUUCUUUUUUCAUCGCUUUGACAACAUACCUGAUAGACAUCAUAAGGAGGGAAAAUUUAUUUUGGCUGACUUUGGAGCCUGUAGUCCAUCAUGGGAAGAUGACAGCGGGAACAGGAGGCUGUCUGGUCACCUUCUUCUAUCCAGUCACCAGAGAGAGAAAUGAGUGGGGGUGCUCAGCUCACUUUCUCUUUCAGCUUGGGACCUGAGCCCAUGGUGUAAUGCAGUCCUUAUCAGGUUCACAUGAGAGAUCCUAAUAAUCAACUGCAUAUAAUUAAAAAUUUGAAGAUAGCAGUAAGCAACAUUGUCACCCAGCCACCUCAGCCGGGAGCCAUUGGGAAGCUUUUGAAUGAUGUCGUUUCUGGCAGCCAGCCUGCAGAAGGAUCAGUGGCUAAUGUGAUUACAGCGGGGGAUUAUGACCUUAACAUCAGUGAUCGGUCAAUUAAAGCUAGUGUUCCUUGGUACAGUAAUUGGAAAGACACUUUCAUGGAAUUGAAAGAAUCCUCGUUAUAUACAGCGACUACUCCGUGGUUUGAGUCUUACAGAGAGACAUUUCUGCAGUCCAUGCCAGCAUCAGAUCAUGAGUUUCUGAACCACUAUUUAGCGUGUAUGUUGGUGGCGUCGUCCGGUGAAGCUGAACCUAUGGAACAGUUUUCAAAGUUGUCACAAGAACAGCAUCGAAUUCAGCACAACAGUGAUUAUUCCUACCCUAAGUGGUUUAUCCCAAAUACACUUAAAUAUUACGUGCUUUUGCAUGAUGUAACUUCAGGAGAUGAGCAGAGAGCUGAAUCAAUUUAUGAAGAAAUGAAACAGAAAUAUGGAACUCAGGGUUGUUAUUUGCUUAAAAUUAAUUCUCGAGCACCGAAUCGAGCAUCAGAUGAACAGAUACCAGAUCCUUGGAGUCAAUAUCUCCAGAAAAAUAGUAUUCAACACCAGGAAUCAUAUGAAGAUGGCCCUUGUACUUUGACCUCCAAUAAGAAUUCUGAUAGUAACUUGCUCUCAUUGGAUGGACUAGAUAACGAAGUCAAAGUAGAUGGUUUACCAAAUAACUUCCGAGUUCAUCCACUUCAAUUAGACCAAUGUGGUGACCCUCCUAAUACCGAUGGCUCAGAUCAUACAAAGUUUGCUUCAGUACACGAAACAAAGAAAGCAAGUACUGGAGUGAUUCGUGGUGCUUGUUUGACACUCACUGAUCAUGAUAGAAUUCGACAGUUUAUACAAGAGUUUACAUUCCGUGGCCUUUUACCACAUAUAGAGAAAACAAUUCGGCAAUUAAAUGAUCAGCUAAUAUCAAGGAAAGGUUUGAGUCGAUCUCUGUUUUCUGCCACUAAGAAAUGGUUUAGUGGCAGUAAAGUUCCAGAAAAGAGCAUUAACGAACUGAAAAAUACAUCUGGGUUGUUGUAUCCACCAGAAGCACCUGAGCUUCAAAUCAGGAAAAUGGCUGACUUGUGCUUUUUGGUGCAGCAUUACGAUUUGGCUUACAGUUGCUAUCAUACUGCAAAGAAGGAUUUCCUUAAUGAUCAAGCAAUGCUUUAUGCAGCUGGAGCCUUGGAGAUGGCAGCAGUGUCAGCCUUUCUCCAGCCAGGAGCUCCGAGGCCAUACCCUGCCCAUUACAUGGACACAGCCAUUCAGACCUACAGGGACAUCUGCAAGAAUAUGGUGUUGGCUGAAAGAUGUGUGUUGCUUAGUGCCGAAAUUUUAAAAAGUCAAAGCAAAUACUCAGAGGCUGCAGCCCUUCUAAUACGGUUGACAAGUGAGGAUUCUGAUCUCCGAAGUGCACUUCUCUUGGAGCAGGCUGCUCAUUGCUUCAUAAACAUGAAGAGCCCCAUGGUUAGAAAAUAUGCUUUUCACAUGAUCCUGGCUGGCCAUCGGUUUAGUAAAGCAGGGCAGAAAAAGCAUGCUUUGCGCUGCUAUUGUCAAGCCAUGCAAGUUUACAAAGGGAAAGGCUGGUCCCUGGCAGAGGAUCACAUCAACUUCACCAUCGGGCGCCAGUCCUACACUCUGCGCCAGCUGGACAAUGCUGUGUCUGCUUUCAGGCACAUUUUAAUCAAUGAAAGCAAACAGUCUGCUGCUCAGCAAGGGGCCUUUCUCAGAGAGUAUCUUUAUGUUUAUAAGAAUGUAAAUCAGCUGUCACCAGAUGGCCCUUUACCACAGCUUCCCUUACCAUACAUUAACAGUUCAGCAACACGGGUUUUCUUUGGCCAUGACAGACGACCAGCAGAUGGUGAAAAGCAAGCGGCUACUCAUAUAAGUCUUGAUCAAGAAUAUGACUCUGAGUCAUCUCAGCAGUGGCGAGAACUUGAGGAGCAUGUUGUGGCUGUGGCUAAUAAAGGAGUAAUUCCAUCCAGUUUCUACCCCACACAGUAUUGUUUGAACAGUUACUCAGACAACUCCAGAUUUCCACUUGCAGUUGUGGAAGAGCCAAUUACGGUGGAAGUGGCGUUCAGAAACCCUUUGAAAGUUCCACUUUUGCUGUCGGACUUGUCAUUGCUCUGGAGGUUUCAGCCUAAAGAUGCCAAUGGGAAAGACAUCGAAACAGUUAGAGAACGAGUUACAGGUGAACCUGAAAUGAUUGGAACUGAAGUUAUUUCAGAAUUCUUAAUUAACAGUGAAGAAUCUAAAGUGGCAAGACUGAAGCUCUUUCCCCAUCACAUAGGGGAGCUGCACAUUCUGGGAGUUGUGUAUAAUCUUGGCACUAUUCAGGGCUCCGUGACAGUAGAUGGCAUUGGUGCUCUUCCUGGAUGUCACACAGGAAAACAUUCUUUGAGUAUGUCAGUCCGAGGGAGACAGGACUUAGAAAUUCAGGGCCCUCGACUUAACAACACGAAGGAGGAGAAGACAUCUGUCAAGUACGGUCCUGACCGGCGUUUAGACCCUAUCAUUACCGAGGAGAUGCCGUUGCUGGAGGUGUUCUUUAUACAUUUUCCUACAGGGCUCCUCUGUGGAGAAAUCCGGAAAGCAUAUGUCGAAUUUGUCAAUGUCAGCAAAUGUCCUCUGACUGGAUUGAAGGUUGUGUCUAAACGUCCGGAGUUCUUCACUUUUGGGGUCAACACUGCUGCUCUAACACCACUGAGCCCUUCCACAUCUGAAAACUGCAGUGCUUACAAGACGGUAGUUACAGGCGCUGCCUCUGCAGGCACGGCACUUGUGUCUUGUGCGUCUUCUGGAGACUUUGGGACCAGCACAGGACAGCAGCUGGAGGCCAUCCCAGUCCCCCUUCCUGAUGCCGUGCUGCUCCCCGGGGCUUCUGUCCAGCUGCCAAUGUGGCUUCGAGGGCCAGACGAAGAGGGUGUCCAUGAGAUUAACUUUUUAUUUUACUAUGAAAGUGUUAAAAAGCAGCCUAAAAGACGACACAGAAUAUUAAGACACACUGCAGUUAUUUGUACUAGCCGGUCUUUGAACGUGCGAGCAACUGUCUGCAGAAGUAAUUCACUUGAAGAUGAAGAAGGCAGGGGAGGCAAUAUGCUAGUCUUUGUGGAUGUGGAAAAUACCAAUACUAGUGAAGCAGGGGUUAAGGAGUUCCACAUGGUGCAGGUGUCAAGCAGUAGCAAGCACUGGCAGCUGCACAAAUCCGUGAACAUCUCUGAAAACAAAGAUGCCAAACUUGCCAGUAGGGAGAAAGGAAAGUUUUGCUUCAAGGCAGUAAGAUGUAAACAAAAAGAAGCUGCUAUACAGUCCUCCGAAAAAUACACUUUUGCAGAUAUCAUCUUUGGAAAUGAACAGAUAAUAAGUUCAGCAAGUCCAUGUGCAGAUUUCUUUUACCGAAGUUUAUCCUCAGAGUUGAAGAAACCACAAGACCCGCUUUCUGCACAUCCAGAGAAACCUGUAGACGAUGCUGUGCGGCUGAUUCAGAAGUGCAGUGAGGUGGACCUGAACAUUGUCGUGUUAUGGAAGGCAUACGUUGUAGAAGAUAACAAGCAGCUUAUUUUAGAAGGCCAGCAUCAUGUUGUUGUUCGCACUCUUGGAAAAGAAGCCUUUUCACAGUCUCAGAAACAGGAGCCACCAGAAAUGGAACUAUUGAAGUUUUUCAGGCCAGAAAACACUACAGUUUCCACAAGACCAUCAGUAGAACAGCUUUCUAAUCUCAUUAAAACAAGUCUUCACUACCCAGAAUCAUUUCAUCAUCCAUUUCAUCAAAAAAGCCUUUGCCUAGUACCAGUGACCCUUUUACUUUCUAACUGUUCUAAGGCUGACGUAGAUGUCAUAGUUGAUCUCCGGCAUAAAACAACAAGUCCAGAGGCACUGGAGACUCAUGGAUCAUUCACGUGGCUUGGACAGACACAGUAUAAACUGCAGCUGAAAAGCGAAGAGACGCAGAGUUUGCAACUGAAAGCAUGCUUUGUUCAUACAGGUGUUUAUAACCUUGGGACUCCAAGGGUAUUCGCCAAGUUAUCGGACCAGGUUACAGUAUUUGAAACAAGUCAGCAGAACUCCAUGCCUGCUCUGAUUAUCAUCAAUAACGCCUGACCGCUGAGAGUCACGGAUGGAGCCUGACUCUGGAAUUAGUUUGUCAGCAGCGUUUGAAAUACCCUCUUGUUACGGAAGUUCUCUCAUCACUGCGAAGUACUGGGACUUGGCACUUGUUGACACACAGUACACUGGGCUGAGAAUAGAAUUCCAUUUUGUUUUCUUUUAAAACUGGUAAUAAUUUACAUGUUCAUAAUACAGAAUUUCAACAUAUCCAUACACUUCAUUAAGCCGUGUCUUAAAAAGAAAAGCGUCGAAGUCUGCUGUUGCACCGUGCGGAGUGGGAUGUGACUCUUGGAGAUGAUUUUGAAGAGGGAAAGGCCUUGCUGGCAAGACUGCCUGCCGCUAAGCCAUUAUUCUGCAGAUCCCAGCUUUACUGUGAAGGUCUAGAGUGUUAAUACAGUUUUUACAGGUUUUCUUGCCUUGCCUCACGCAGUUCUGUAAGAUCGGUUUUGAACUUUGGCUACGGGCAUUCGUAUUUCAGUCUGGUGUCCCGAUAGCUUAUACAUAACUGUAAAAAGAAAAGCUUUUCUGAUGCUUUGAACAUAGUUUUGGAAGGAAUUUGACUUUAUUCCCUCGCUCAUCUCUUAUUGUCACACUAUUUCACAAUAAGAUUUUUGUCAUUAAAUCAUAUUCUUUAUUAUAUAACUUUAACAAUUAAGUUGAUCUGUUUAAAAUAUAAAUCUACUCAAGUUAAAAAUAAGCUUUUCAAAAAUGUAUUAUAUUUAUAACAAAUUUACUGUAAAUAGAAUAAAGACAUACUAUUCACUGUA